CCACACGCUCUUUCUCCCUUCUGGUCUGGUUGCAUAAAGGAGAACAGAUCAUUCUCAAGCCACAAUAAGUUCAUUCAGUCGACCCUGAAACUUGGUGCAAUUCUGAGCUCUAGCACAUCAGCAAGGACGAACAGAUAAGAAGACGAAGCAGAAUUAAAAAGGCCCUAAAAAUGACGACCUACUUCAGCUACCCUUCCCCCGCCCUUCAGGAUGAGUUAAGGCAAAUUGCAAAUGCGAUUGUUGCCCCAGGAAAGGGAAUCCUAGCCGCAGAUGAGUCCACGGGGACGAUCGGGAAGCGAUUUUCCGACAUCGGGGUCGAAAACACGGACGACAACCGGCGCCGGUACCGUCAACUCCUCUUCACAACGGAUAAGGAGAUUGGAAACUACGUUUCUGGAGUGAUUCUCUUCCACGAGACGCUGUACCAGAAGGCGGAUGAUGGAACUCCCUUCGUCAAACUGAUCCAGGACCUCGGAAUCAUCCCGGGAAUCAAGGUUGACACCGGUUGUGUCAAUUUGAUGGGGGCAGAAGGCGAGUCUACCACCCAAGGGUUGGACGGGCUGAGCGAACGGUGCGCACAGUAUAAGAAGGACGGAUGCCAAUUUGCCAAGUGGAGAUGUGUCCUUAAGAUUGGAAAGAACACGCCGAGUUAUCUUGCCAUGUUGGAGAACGCCAAUGUUCUGGCGAGAUAUGCUUCCAUUUGCCAGAUGAACGGUUUGGUCCCAAUUGUAGAGCCAGAGGUGCUUCCCGACGGAGAUCAUGACUUGGACAGGGCACAGAAAGUUACAGAAACAGUGUUAGCAUUUGUCUACAAGGCACUCAAUGAUCACCACGUUUUCCUUGAAGGGACCUUGUUGAAGCCCAACAUGGUCACAGCUGGACAGUCCUGCGCCACCAAAUUCACCCCAGAAGAUAAUGCUCGUGCUACGGUGACAGCCCUGCAAAGAACCAUGCCUGCCGCGGUCCCUGGAGUUACAUUCUUGUCCGGAGGUCAGUCUGAGGAAGAAGCAUCUGUCAAUUUGUGUGCCAUCAACAGCUUCCCUGGAAAGAAACCGUGGGCCCUUACAUUCAGUUUUGGACGAGCUUUGCAGGCUUCAGUCUUGAAAGCUUGGGCAGGAAAACCAGAAAAUAUUAAGGCCGGUCAGGAUGAAUUAUUGAAGCGAGCUAAGGCAAACAGUUUGGCUGCCACUGGAAAAUAUGUUGCCGGAAGUAUCCCCAGUUUAGCUGCUAGCAAGAGCAACUUUGUCAAAGCUCAUGCCUACUAGAUUUACCCGAUCACAACCUGACCUAAUUUUUUGGCUGAUAGUGAAGCGUCUCUUGGAAAAUAUGUUGCUGGAACCGUUGUCGGUGCUGCUGCUGCAAAAGAUCUUUUUGUCAAAGAUCACAAAUAUUAAAUAUCAAAUUUGUCCUUUGUCCUAAAUGUCUUAGAAAUCCAAAUUAUCCAAUCCAUAUAGUUUUAGACGAGUCAAAAGCUAUAAUAAAUCUAUAUCAUUAGCACAAAAA